CAAAGCUUCACGCGCGUCACUCUCUACUACAUUUCAAAGAUGGCCGAUCAAAGGCUGACAAAAUAUAUUUUGCGGAUAAUUUUUCUUGGUCUUGUCAUAUUUGACGAAAGUAGGUGCAGGAAUCACACACUGACGAUAAAGAAUGACAAGAGAGCUCAGUUUGUGUCCAGCACUUUUGGCUUCCUGCAAGGUGGCUACCUCGAUGUCAACAUGACCACCUUCACCUACAGGAUGGACAACUCCUUGAAGCUGCAGGAAGGAACAUUUGGCUUUACCCUGGAUAAAAGUAGCAGCAGUGGUAUCUCCAGUUACUGGGAAAAACAAGAGCAAACAGCUUGUAUACUAAUGGAUAGCACAGAUAAAGAGGACAAGAAUGUGGCCGUCACCUUCUUCAAAUUUGACUUGGAUAACAGAAGAAUUACCAUACAAAGAGUUGGAACAGACGUGCAGAAGUUGACCAUCAAGGUGACCUCUCCAGGGACAUCCUCCUCCCCAGGGGUGUCCUCCCCAGGGGCGUUUUCCCCAGGGGUGACCACAGCCGCAGGUUCUCACAGCAGAAAAAGAAGAAAGGUAGAAGCACAAGGAACGACAAAGUUCCACGACAGAGUUGGUAAUGACACCAAGACAGUUACUGGAACAACAAAACAUGCUCUUGUUAAACCUACCCCAACUACCAAGAAAGUAUUGAUAACCCCAAGUCCCUCACCUGCCUCAGCCCCUGCUCCCACUCAAAGCAAGGCAGUAGCAUCUACUGCAGCCACUGAAGCUCCCAGUGUAACAGAAGCCAGUAAUGACACAAGUGAGAGCACUGCUGAGUCAGCAGCUAAACUGGUAAACUCAAUACCUUUGAAUGAAGUAGAGAAUGAGAAAGGAGAAAUGAUCUGGCAGGCUUCUUUCCGUGUUGAAAUCCAUAACCCAGAAGAAGAGGGACUGUAUAACUUGUACUUCCACAGCUGUCCUAAUACUAACGAUGAAGACAAAGCUGCAAUCAAUUUGACGCUUCAUAUUGUGGAGAGGAACCCGGAUAGUUUCCUGUCAGUUGGAAAUGUGCCACUUCCUACUCUUUACUUCUCAUUCUGUGUUCUGUACCUAUUGACCAGCUUUGUCUGGCUCUACAUGCUCAGGAAGUCCAAGAGUGAAGUGUACAAGAUCCAUUACCUGAUGUUUGCCAUCAUGAUUGUCAAAUCUGUCUCUUUCCUGUUCCAUGCUAUUAACUACCAUUUUAUUGGUAAGCUUGGUUACCAUGAAGAGGCUUGGGCUGUAUUGUACUACAUCACACACCUGUUGAAAGGUGUCCUUCUGUUCACUGUGAUUGCUCUGAUUGGCGCAGGUUGGGCCUUUGUCAAACACAUGUUGUCAGACAGAGACAAAAAAAUCAUUCUGGUGGCAAUUUCUUUACAAGUUUUGACUAAUGUGGCCCAGAUUAUAUUAGAAGAAACUGAGGAGGGCUCUCAAGUGUACUCUUACUGGAAUGAGAUACUCAUUUUAGUGGACUUACUGUGCUGUGGAGCCAUACUUUUCCCUGUAGUGUGGUCAAUUCGUCAUCUGCAUGAUGCCUCACAGACUGAUGGAAAAGCAGCCAUGAAUUUAAAUAAACUUAAAUUAUUUAGGCAUUUUUACAUUAUUGUUGUAUGUUAUAUUUAUUCCACCAGGAUAGUUGUAUAUCUAUUAAAGAUUACAGUACCAUUCCAUUACUCAUGGUUCUCAGAGUUGUUCAUUGAGUUGGCCACAUUCAUCUUCUUUGUGAUCACUGGCUACAAGUUCCAGCCAGCUGAUAACAACCCAUAUCUACAAGUGCCAACGGAGGAGGACGAGGAACAGCUGGAGAUGGAGGAAGUUCUGACCCACACUGGAAUGUACGACACUCUUACCAAGGUCAACAUAAAACACUCCGACAGAGAUGACCAUGAGGUCACACAAGACAGGCCACAACCCAAGCAGAGAGAGGCCAGUCAUGAGUACGACUAGUGAAGGCAAUCAGCAUGGUAUAUCCAGCAGUUUUAGUCAGUAUUCCCCAGUGUUUACAGGGCGUUGGAUGCUAGACUGAGAUAAUAUGUAUUGUGUUGAAAAGUAAAAGUAAAAAUACACCUUUUGUGUGCAGCAGCACCAUCCCUGUCAGGCUGAAUGAUGUAUUAAUGUGAACACUUGAUGUAUACUUGAUUGGAAGAAUUGAGGGAAUGGUAAAAGCCCAGUAUAUAAGGCAUUGUAAAAUAUGGCUCCAUCAGUCUUUAUGGAAACUUGUCAGUCAGUUUAUAGUACUUUUAUAUGUAAGAAAAUUGUAUUUAAUUUAAUUUAAUUUAAUAAAUGUCAUUUUUUGUUUAUUUUUUUUUUAUUAUUUAUUAUUUAGAAAUGAAAUUCUGCUAACAAUAAGAAAGAAUGUUCAGAAUUAAGUGGGAGCAAUGUUCUCAAGUUUGAUAGUGGAAAUCAUGUCCCAUAUUUUACCCAGCUGGUGACACAGAUAAUCUGUGGUGAAACACAGCAGUAUUUAUUUCUCAGUGUUUUUGUGGCAAGCUUAGGAGGGAAUGGCAACAUAUAACUGACUGAGGGCUCGCUGUGUUUAAAUGUGAUACUUGUAGUAGUACAUGAAGUAUUAUAUAUAAAAGGAAUUGUUUUUGAGUAUAUUUGAAGGAACACCUAAAUCAUAGCUGUUGUUUGUCAUGGUUCUUUCUUGAUAUUCAGAGCAGUUUGAAGAAUUGUAUGUUAAAUAUCUUGAAUAGCAAAACAAGAGACACAGUGACAUAAUCAGAAGCAAUUGAAAUAUCAGAUUUUAAUUUCUCUCGCAAAUAAACAAGCUUUUUUUGUUUUAUGUAAAAGCUAUGUUUUUUAAACAGUUUCAUUCUAAGUCCCAACAAAGCCAUGCCAUUAGUCUGUGUGAAUGAAUUUGUACUUAAAAGGUUUAGGCAGAGGUAUUUCCAUACCACAAGUUUUACCCACUCUAGCUGUUUCUCUUUAAAAUAGCAAAACUAUAUUGAAACAGUGGCUUUGACUGGUUUCCCACAGAUUUAGAUCGAUCCAUCUGGAUCCACCUAACUCCCUGGGGGUUCACACUAAAUUGCUGUCACACAACC